AUGAUCGCGUACGCGGCAGCAGUACCGCCUCCACAACUCAAAACGCAAGAUGACCGGACGUUCUUCAACAACAUGCGUUGUGGAGCUAUCAACUUCCUGGUCACUGCGUUUCUCCCACAACCUCAUGCAACGGCUUUCUGCUCAGCAUAUCUGCAAGUCCCAGAGCAGACAUCAACAUUCACGAGCACGAUUGCUAUGAGCACAUUGUAGGUCUGCUCCAUGUUCCUCUGGAUGACAGCUACUGACAUCUCUUAGCACAGUCAUAGAGACGAACAGCCAAAUCGUUCCAACUCUGACGAGAACGGUCUCCGAGACGGUCACCAGCACAUCGACAACCACGAUCGAUUUGUGGACGGGAAAGCCUGCCUGCACUGCAGUCCCCGAUUUUGCAUGGGCAAGAGAGUGGAGAGGUUGGAAGUCAUCUCAGCCGAGGGGCCUCUUGGAACGAGCCUGCAGCUGCUUGUCCAUUCCUACGUCCACGAAGUAUUUGAUCGCGACGACCACUGCGAGGCCGACUGCGACCAACACAGCCGGCCUCACCGGUAUCACAGAAAUUACUUCGACCAGCACGGUGACCGUGGUGGAGGCGCAGACCAAGUACAUCUUCUUGGUCGAUCCGCCGCAGAAGCCUACUGUUUCACAAGGAUCUGAUGUUUACGAGACUAAAGAUGAGGCAAUGAUUUCCGUGAUGGGGCUCGAAGCGGGUCAGGGAGCGAGACUGAACACAUCUGGAGGGUCUGCAAGACUUUUGCGAGAACGCGUUCAGAAAUGGGACAUUUUUAAACAGGCGCUGUAG